CGGUAGCAACUGGAAUCCUAACAAUGGCAGGGUGCUCAUUUGAAGAGUGAUCUGCAUAAUUAAUGCAAAUUGUAAGGGUUGUCUGAAUAUCGGAAGUCACCUUCAAUAGAAUGGCAAAAGCAACAACUAUCAAGGAAGCUCUGGCCAAAUGGGAAGAAAAAACUGGUCAGAAGCCAUCGGAGGCCAAGGAAGUGAAACUCUAUGCUCAGAUUCCCCCUAUAGAAAAGAUGGAUGCUUCUCUUUCCACUCUUGUUAACUGCGAAAAAUUGUCUUUAUCUACAAACUGCAUUGAAAAAAUUGCCAACUUAAAUGGGCUAAAAAACUUGCGUAUAUUGUCAUUGGGAAGGAACAACAUAAAAAAUCUGAAUGGGCUGGAAGCAGUUGGGGAUACAUUAGAGGAGUUGUGGAUCUCAUACAACUUGGUUGAGAAGUUGAAAGGUCUCCAUGUGAUGAAGAAGCUGAAGAUUCUCUACAUGUCCAAUAAUCUGGUGAAAGAUUGGGCAGAGUUUGUGAGGUUGGCAGAGUUGCCGUUACUGGAGGACCUGGUGUUCGUGGGCAAUCCACUGGAAGAGAAAUACUCUGCUGAUUCACAGAGCGCCUGGGUUGAGGAGGCAACCAAGCGAGUACCCAAACUGAAGAAACUCGAUGGUAUCCCGGUUAUAAAACAGGAAGAAGGUGAAGAAGGAGAAAACUAGCAUCUUUUCUUUCACAUUAAAUUAUUGAUGUAUCUCCAGCACUGUAUAGGAUGUGAUGCUUUUGUAUGAAUAUGUCUUUAAAGA